CCGAGGCGUGUGGAAACCCGCCACCUUCUCCGCCUCGUCCACGCCAGCACCUACCUUCCUGGACGUCUUGUCCCGGACCCGGAAGUCGGCUGAGAUGGGCAUAGAAACUGGUGGCUAGAGGCGCCCAGACUUGCCCUCCCAGACUCACUUCCGCCGGAAGUGACCUCCGGUCGCGAGUGCCCUUUUCUCGGUGCACGCGCGGCAUCCGGUGCCCGGUACCCGGUACCCUGUACUCGGUACCCCGGCGCGAGCACCACCGAGAUGGCGGCCACCACGCUGCUGCGCGCGACGCCCCUUUUCAGCGGUCUGGGCACCAGCUCGACCCCUCUGCUGCAGGGUCUGUUGCGGCCGCGGCGGGCCCCGGCGCUGCCCGUCCUGUGCCGUGGCCUGGCGGUGGAGGCCAAGAAGACCUAUGUGCGCGACAAGCCGCACGUGAACGUGGGCACCAUCGGCCAUGUGGACCACGGCAAGACCACGCUGACCGCGGCCAUCACGAAAAUUUUAGCCGAGGGAGGUGGGGCCAAGUUCAAGAAAUACGAGGAAAUUGACAAUGCCCCGGAGGAGCGAGCCCGAGGCAUCACCAUCAAUGCCGCUCACGUGGAGUACAGCACGGCAGCCCGCCACUAUGCCCACACAGACUGCCCCGGGCACGCAGAUUAUGUCAAGAAUAUGAUCACGGGCACUGCCCCGCUAGAUGGCUGCAUCCUGGUGGUGGCAGCCAAUGACGGCCCCAUGCCCCAGACAAGAGAGCACUUACUACUGGCCAAACAGAUUGGAGUGGAGCACAUCGUGGUGUACGUGAACAAGGCAGACGCCGUCCAGGACGCUGAGAUGGUGGAGCUGGUGGAGCUGGAGAUCCGGGAACUGCUCACCGAGUUUGGCUACAAAGGGGAGGAGACCCCAGUCAUCGUGGGCUCUGCCCUCUGUGCCCUUGAGCAACGGGACCCGGAGCUUGGCGUGAAGUCCGUGCAGAAGCUGCUGGACGCGGUGGACACUUACAUUCCGGUGCCCGUGCGCGACCUGGAGAAGCCCUUCCUGCUGCCCGUCGAGUCCGUCUACUCGAUCCCUGGGCGGGGCACCGUGGUGACGGGGACGCUGGAGCGUGGCAUCUUGAAGAAGGGGGAUGAGUGCGAGUUCCUGGGACACAGCAAGAACAUCCGCACUGUGGUGACAGGCAUCGAGAUGUUCCACAAGAGCCUGGAGAGGGCGGAGGCGGGAGACAAUCUUGGUGCGCUGGUCCGAGGCUUGAAGCGGGAGGACCUUCGGCGUGGCCUCGUCAUGGCCAAGCCCGGUUCCGUCCAGACCCAUCAAAAGGUGGAGGCCCAGGUCUACAUCCUCAGCAAGGAGGAGGGUGGCCGCCACAAGCCCUUUGUGUCCCACUUCAUGCCGCUCAUGUUCUCCCUGACGUGGGACAUGGCCUGCCGCGUCCUCUUGCCUCCGGGGAAGGAGCUCGCCAUGCCUGGGGAGGACCUGAAGCUCACGCUGAUUUUACGGCAGCCCAUGGUCCUAGAAAAGGGCCAGCGUUUCACCUUGCGGGAUGGCAACCGAACCAUCGGCACAGGCCUCGUCACGGAGACGCCCGCCAUGACCGAAGACGACAAGAACAUCAAGUGGAGCUGAGUUUGGACCUCAAGCUCAGACUCUCGCGUUCGUGCCGGCCGGGGUUCGGCCCUGCUUCUGGUGCCCCUCCCCCGGGCGCAGCUGCAGCCUGGUAGAGUGCAGUUAGACUGACGUGGCGGCCCGCGUGAGGGCGCUAGGCGGCCUGCCAGGGGAGGGAGGGCAAUAAACCUCUGUGAAUGGU